AAAAGUCCUCAUUUGUUUCUUCUCUUCUUUGUCGUCUUUAAAACUCAGUACUUCGCUAUUCCGAAUCCCGAAGCUCAUUUGCAGCAUCUCCAUUACACUUCUCCGAUCCAUUACUUUGAUUAGCUUCUGUUCUCUUGUUAGUCCAAAAAGGUUCAAUGGAUUUCUGGCAAAAGGCUCGGAGUUUUGCUGAAGAAGCAGCAAAGCGAACCACAGAAUUCACAAAAGAAGCCGCUAAUCGUUCUCAGGAGCUAACCAUUGGUUCCUCCAAGCUCUCCGACGUCGUUCUAGAAGCUUCCAAACGAUCUAAGGAAUUUGCUGUUGAGGCAUCAAAGCGAUCCAAAGAAAUCGCUGUCGAGGCUUCCAAACGAUCCAAGGAAAUAGCCGUCGAAGCUACCAAACGCGCCGAUGUUAUCGUAUCUGAAGCUUCUAAACGCGCCGAUCAGAUCAAAGUCGACGCUCUCAAACGCGCUGAACAGAUCAAGUUUCAAAUCCCUUCCGUUGCGCUUUCUCACAUUGUUGACUCGUCGUCGGCUGCUCCUCAAACGGCGUCAUCUGCCCCUACGCUUGCCGAUCUCGAGAAAUUUGGAGUUACUGAUGAUUUGAGAGAGUUCGUUAAGGGGAUUACCAUUAAUACCUUUCAGGAUUUCCCACUUGAAGAUGAUUCAGUGAUUUCUGAUAUUCCUACAGUCUCAAAUGUUCGGCAGGAUCUUACAGAAUUUCAGGAAAAACACGCAAAACUUGUUCUUCAAUCUGUCAAGGAAAUCUCAAAGCUAAGGUAUGAGUUAUGCCCACGCAUAAUGAGGGAGCGGAAGUUUUGGAGAAUCUACUUUAUUCUAGUUAACAGUCAUGUGGCCCCGUAAGUACUUCACUGGAGAUCU